CUUACGUCCAAGGACCAUAGAAGAGCAAUAUGGCUGCCAGCAGUGGGAAGUCGGUCUUAUUCGUGUGUCUUGGGAACAUCUGUAGGUCACCUAUCGCCGAGGCUGUCUUCAGGAAGAUGGCGACAGACAGCGGGGUGGUAGACAAGUGGCUUAUAGAUUCCGCCGCCACAUCGGACUGGAAUACCGGCAGUUCUCCGGAUUCCCGUGGUCUGGCCUGCCUCAGGAAACAUGCCAUAGAGACAGACCACAGGGCACGACAGGUGACAAAGGACGACUUCAUGACAUUUGACUUCAUCCUGUGCAUGGAUGAGAGCAACCUGAGAGACCUGAAGAAGAAGGCAAACAGUGUGAAGAACUGUAACGCCAAAAUUGAGCUGCUCGGAACCUACGACCCCGAGAAACAGCUCAUCAUCAAAGACCCCUAUUACGGGAGUGAGGAAGACUUUGAGACAGUCUAUGAACAGUGCGUGAGAUGCUGCAAAGCCUUCUUGGAGAGCAACUCAUAACAUUAAACUUCAGAAUACACUCUCCUCUCAAAAUACAGAACCAGACUCAUAACCACACAAGAUGUACACACCAUCAUCCAGCCAAGUGUAUACACAGUACUGACAAACACCCAGUAACCACAUGUCUCACACAGUAUGUCAAAACACUGUUCUGUUUGAGAUUGCUUGUAUCUUAAUUGUAAGAUAAAUGUUGUUCAGUGUCAUUAGACUCCUUAUUCCACAGCAACAACAACAACAAAAAAAAAUG